CUCCCCCAAUCGCCAGAUUCCUCAGGCACAGAAAUAUCCUCAAGACCGGCGGCGGAUGACUCUCUCUCUUCCUUUCAUUAUCUGUCUAUGUUUUUUAUGUGCGUGUUUGUUCGAAAUCAUGUGGAAAGAUGUCGUGUUAGAGAAAUUUGAGAUAUAUUGUUGACUGAUGCUUACAAUAAGGAAUCCCAGAUUUACCAAUAUUGAAAUGGACUUUCACACCAUUAGCAUUCUCCUCCAUUCUACUUAAUAUUUGCAGACAAAAAAAAAAUACUGUCCAAAGCUUUCUUUUGCUUGAUACAGCGUAUGUCCGUGAGAAGAAACGAGGAAUCCUGGGACCAGUUGGAAAGUAUAUCAAAGUUGUUGACUAGAUUGGUUAAAAGAAGCCCAAGAGUUAUUUAUGGAUAAUAAAAGCCCGGCCCAUAAGAGUGGAUUUCGACAUCUUGACAGUUUCGGGGUCUCAUCGGAACUUUCCAAAAUCUAUCGAAGAUGAUCGUUUGCGUCUCCGUCGUCGGCCACCAGAACAAUCCGCUUUACAUACAGAGCUUCACGGAUGGUGACGAUGCCCUCAAGCUCCACCACAUCGUUCAUUGCUCCCUCGAUGUCAUCCAAGAGCGAGUGAACAAUCCAAAAAAGUCUGGCUCGAUAUUGAACGAGGCAUUUCUUGGCCUGCUUUAUCCUACACUGAACUACAAAGUAUAUGGUUACUUGACUAAUACCAAAGUGAAAUUUAUACUGGUCACAACUGAUUUGGAUGUCAAUGACAUCGAUGUGACAAGUUUCUUCAGGAAGUUCCAUGCUGCCUACGUGGAUGCAGUCUCAAACCCCUUCCAUGUCCCUGGCAAAAAGAUAACCUCAAGAACCUUUGCACGUACUGUAAGCAACAUCGUCGGAUCAUACGGUUUGAACUGAACCUCUCAGUUGCUAUUUUGUAGCUCAAAAUUUGUGUUUAUUGAGCAUUGAGGAAAUGUCAUUUCUUUAUCAUCAUUUGUUGUUGUUCAUAUUAACACUGGAAUUGCUGUAAGAAGAACUGUCGGUUCUUCACAUGUUAAGACAUGAAUGGAAAUUGAAGUUUGGUCA